GCUAUACACUACCAUGAAAAAAAGAGUUGGGGAUUAAAACAGCCAAUUAAAUCAUCGGAAUCCUUUCGUGCACGAAGUUCGAGUAACCUUGUAAAAAUAAAGACGUCAACAUGUGAUUUUGAAAGGGUGAAGUACAAAACGAAAGUGAAACAGCGAUUCUCUCGGUAAUGUGCUUUAUCAAAAAGGGGUGAUUAGCGAUGGGGCAACGUUAAGUUGAUUCGCAAAAGCUAAAAAAGUACAACCGGUUGCAUCAAAAGAGUUGAAAAUUUUUGUUGUUUCAUCAUCGGCCUUUUAACUGGCGGUAUAUCUAAUGAUAGCUACUUCAGUUUUGUAGUUAACUCAAUCGUUUCAUAGUCUGCCGGUAGUUCACGAUUAAAAACAAUUUGUAAACUUAUAUAUAUCUCAUUUAGAAAUGUCUGCUAAAAGUAUUAUUUUUAACAAUGUUGGGUGUGACUUGAAGCUGAAUAUAGAUGCGUCAAAAAUGCAGCUGCUUAAAUCUGUUACUGAUGAUUAUUUGCUAGCAGAUGAUAUUAUUAAAAAAAUUAAUGAUGUCUUUGAAAGUGAAAUGCAGUUAGGAUUGAUGAAAAAUCCUCCUGUAGAAUCAUCUUUACAAAUGGCAAACACAUUUAUUCCCAAGCAUUUAUCUGGCGAUGGUAGUUUUAAUAAGGAACUUGUAACUAAUAUUUUCUAUGUAUUGGAGCAUUGUACAUACUUAUUGUCAAAUUUCAAGAGUUUGGUUUGUAUAUUUUCAUGUAGUCCUGCAUGAUAGUUUUCAAGAUAUCUCCUGAAUGUUGAUCCACUAGUUUUAUAAAACAUAGAUACAUAAAAACAAGUGGUUUUAAGUAUGCCAUGUGUAGAUUUUUCGAUAAUUUCUAUUUUUUUAAUUUUGUGUUUAGUACUACUAUGUUUUCUAGUUCUUUCUAUUGUCUGUUAAAUUUGUGCCAAAUGCUAUCUUUAAGCCCAUUUAGCUAAUUUUACUCCUCUUAACCUUUUAUUUUAAUCAAAACCCAAUAUUAGUAUCAUUAACUUUGUAUUAUGCAAUUAAUUAUUAAAAUAUAUGGCAUAUUUGAAUUUUAUAACUUAGUAAACUCUCUAAAUGUGGAUAAAGAAAUCACAACUGAUCUCAAGGUAUCAGUAAUUUCCAGUCAAAAUUCUAUUAAAUGCCAAUGUAAAAAAUAGCCAAAUCUGUAUGACAAUACUUGCAUUUUCUGACUACUUGUUUUUUCAUAUAAAACUUUAUUUUUUUCUAGUUUUUUAUACAUAAAAUUCAACAAACUACAUAGAAUUGUUUGUCUUUUUAAAUUUCUAAAGAAGUUAAAUCUUUUGCAUUAAAAGUGUACUAAGAUAAUAAUAAAGUGGCUAUUUUUCUCUCUGACAAUAUCAUUUAUGAAAAAUUAACCAAUUGUAACCACACUUACUUAGUGACUCAGACAGUGGUUUAUAAAAACCAUGGAUGUUACACAUUACACCACAACCUAAAUGCACCCUAUUCAUUUUUCCUCUUUUUCUUUCUUUCCUCUUUUUCUUUUUCUUUUUUUAAAUUUUUUUUAGCAUUAGACAUAGUUUACAACAGUUUGUGAUCCACUUAUUUUUAGUGUGUAAUGUCUUUCAAUUUUAGUGCUGUAUAACAAAUAAUGGAUUUGUGCCUUUAAACUUUACUCUCUCAAUGCAGAGAUCUUUAGGAUAAAAAAAUUAUUCAUCUUUUUUUCUUUCUUCUCUCAUCUGUAAACAAAAAGCAACAAUGCAGUAUAAGAUCCUUAUAAUACAAACCUUGAAAUGUGGAGCUUUGUGUUGUAUAGAAUUUUUUGUUAUAUGAAUGAUUAAACAUACCUAGUAAACAUGGCAAUAUAUAUCUGGUACAGAUCAAUAUUAAUGCUUUAAAAUAGUUUUUUGAAUAAAAAUACUUUAAAACACGAAAAUUAGCACUUAAGUAUUUAUUAUUUAUUGAAAAAAAUUAAGUUAUCGUGAUCAAAUGAAAUAAUAUCCAAUAAAUUUAUAAAUUUUGAUUUGCUUUGAGAUAGUAAAAUUAAUGUAAUUUAUAUAAUUGUGUUUGGUAGGUCUUCUAUUGUAGUUAUAGCUAUAAAGGCCUAAAUAAGCAUAUUAAAGUGUUUUUAUCCUUUUAAACAAGAUAAAUAAUUUCAAGUAUUGAAAAUUGUGCCUCCUCUGUGCUCUAAUGAAUAUAUUAUCUGGCGAUGUAAAAUCAAGGUCAUGUCCAAAACCUUGUUUUGAUUUUCUUCAAUUUUGUAAGUAUGCCAUAGAUGCUAGACAUUUUUGGCAUAAAUAACAAGAUUAAGUAAUGUUUUUCAAUAUCAGUUAUUUUCAAUCAUCAUCACAAAUUGUUUAAAUUUUACAAAGCCUAGGAUGACACUAAUAGGUAUAAUUAUUUGUUCAGUAAAUUGAUUAAUUCAAACUUUUCCAUAUUAGUUUUAAUGAUUAAAGUUUUAAAGAUUUUCUGCCAAAUCUUAAUUUUUUUAAAGAUCUUUCUUACUAAAAUUGUUGGAAUGAUUAUGACUUACUGUUUGUUUGCUCUUGAAAUUUGGAUGAGCAAUAUUUAAGUCUUUACAUUCUUUAACUCCUCUGAGUUUUUAAUAUUAGAUACAUUAGUUUUUAGUUAGAUAUUUUUGUUAUUUUUGAAUAUAAAAAAAACCAUAUGCUUAGUUAAAAUAUGCUUAAUUAAUUCAAAAUUUAUGAAAACUAUGAAUUAUCUUUUAAUGGAUAUCUAAAGCAUUUUACAUCAAUUCUAAAUUGGUGGGUUUAAAUUCCUAAAUGCUUACCCCCAGAUGAAUAAUACCGUAUUUU